AUCUCAGUGAAGAAGACAGUAAGCAUGGCGCGGGUUGUGUAUUGGUUUGACUCCCUGCGCUGCUGGAUCAGGACGCAACAGCGGUGACAUUGUUGCGGGGGGGUGGGGGGCUCGCCGACAUACAGCGACAGAGUGACGGUCGGGAGCAGAGCCUGAAUCCCGCCAUGGACGACAGUCUGACUCGGAGGGAGGCAGUCCGUCCGAGGAGGGUGUCUGCUGCCGCUGAGCUCGGAGCUAACGUUAGCCUGCAAGAUGGCGAGCUAAUGGAAGUACACCCAGCCAGCAGAGACAUUUACCCAGGUCCGGACAGACUGAUGGGUGCUGCUGCCGCCGCUGCCGGAGGGAGGAUGGAGAGGAGGAACUCGGCGACGCCGUCCAUCCACCAGAGACACAUGCCGAUAGACCCGCUGAAGUUUCACAUCCCGAAGAAAACCAAGGAGAAGAGAGCUCUGUUUCAGUACGUCUCCACUGAGUCCAGAGAGUAUGAAGACAUGAUGACCGCCAUGACCUCCUGUUACAUCGACACAAGCUCUUCGGCCUCCUUCACCUACUGCAAACCUCGGCUCGUCCACAGCGAGCCGCUGGAGAAGGAGUUUGUGGAGAAGAGGAAGGAGAUGAAGGCCGACGGGAGGACGGAGAAAGAGCUGGAGGAGAGCUACUGUUUUCUGUUGGCUGAUUCUGCCAAGGUGCCUUUGCUCUGUGAGAAGGGGCUAUUGGUGGGUCAGAGCCGGGUCACAGUUCUGGGAGACCCCUCUAAAGGAGUGUAUCUGUCCAGAUACUCAGACCUGCUCCAGAAUAACCCGGUAACUCCUGGGUUCAUGGGGGAGAUCAUAAUAUUCAAAGUGAUGAAGGGGAAGGUGAAGAGCAUGUAUGAAAACAUGAAGAACCUGCAGGAUCCGACUCCUCGCUUCGACAGCCACAUCUCCAAGAACGCCAGCAAAGUCACCUCGAUCAGCUCUUACCGCGCCUUCGAACUCACACAGCACUACUUCUACGAGUAUUUAUUCGACGAGCUGCGGGAGAGACCUCGUCAGGUUUGUCCGUACGCUGUCGUCUCCUUCCAGUUCAAAGGAAAAGACUCUCCUCUACCCAGCAAACCUCUCACACCCGUCAGGUUGAACAGCCAAUCAGCAGAGGGGAGUAAAGAGCGUGCUCAGUUCACCGUGUGGACCGGAGAUUUGGUGAAAGGCGACCAGGUUCUCUACCAGAUCUCCCUUCGCUCCUUCUCUCCUCCCUUCCUUCCCCAAAGACUUCCAGAGAAACUGGAAAUCGGUUGUUUGAUGAGGUUUGAGAAGGUGACCAAGCUCCUCCCCUCAGAGUUGUUCUCCUACAACCUCUACACCAGCAGCCAAGAAGUUGUGAAUAGCGGCCAUUGCUGCAGUCUCCUGGAGGUGACCAACAGAUUUCGCUCCACGACCAGUGUGAAGAUGCUGCUGCAGGAGCUGGAGAAAAACAGAGUGGUUCUGGUGACUCCGCUCACAGACAAAGGCUUUCUCUUCCUGCUCUCCAGUGUUCAGAUGGCCACACCCCCUGAGCGAGGAGAGAGCUGGAGGAGAUGUCUUCAAGCCUUGUUUAUCUUCCCGGACACCAGAGAUGUUGCCAAAACCACGCUAAGGCUUUCCUCCACUUCCCAUGAUGUCUCUGUGCCGUCGAUGUCCGGUGGCCAGGUGAUGCCACAAAUGAAUCAGUUCAUCCCAGCAUUGCAUCACGCCUUGGUCAAAGCCCGCGCCAACCCGCCUGCAGACCUGUCUGCUGGUGUGGAGCGCCAGGCCAGGGAUUACCUCACCGGCCUGAAAGACGGCAAGGUCCGACAGUACCCCAUGGGAGAGUAUGAAGCCCUACAGGACGAGGGAGGGACGGCUGCUCCUAAACACCAUCGGGUGAACAUGGAUGGCUACCUGCACUCCUACCUGUACAGCCCCACCCUCUACCUGCUGUCCGUGGCCCGGGCCCGGCAGAUUGUGGAGGCGCACUGUGACCCAGAGGAGCCGCGAGAGGUCAGGAUGAGGAAGAGCUCUGGAGGUCAGAGGGAGGCUGCAGGGGGAGAGACGACCAGCGAACCCAGAGAAGAAAAGAAAAAUGUAAAGAUGCAGCAGUUGGUCGACCUGGUUAUAACUUGUAAGAGGAACGCAGAGAACGAGGUAAAGAGGGAGGAGGCGGUACGGGUGAGGGCACCGGGGAGGAAGAGGAAACUGGAUCAGGAGACGGCAGAGAGGGCACUUAAACUCCUGAAGGCGUCACAGGAACCUGAAAGACACGGCAAGAUCCCAGUCCAGGGAAACCCCGUCCCCUAUCCCGUCCCCCCUGGCUCUCUUGCGUCUGUGGUUGGCUCGCUGGGUUUGAGGGAUUUAGAUCUGAGGGAAGAUGGAUCUGAACUGUCCUCACAACUUCUCAACCUGCUGACAGGCCUCAACCAGGCUGCCAGGGGAACGGCCAAUCAGAGCCCUUGUGAAGUCCAAGAGGUGGGUCAGGGUGAGUCCUAUCCGUUCGAUAGGUUGGCCACCAAGCUCGGCCUGCCCACCAACUGUGACAUAGACCUGAGGAGGCAAGACGAACUGGAGGAGCAGACGGCGGGCAGCAUCAGCAGUUUGGAGGGAUUCAGUCCCAGCUCCCACAGCGGGGAGACGAAUCACACAAGAGGGAGAACACGAGGAUACGAGGAGGUGGAGGAAGAGUGGGAGAUCCCGUGGAUCCUAAUCCCCAUCACAGGUCUGCGCUCAGAGAGAUACACCCAGAGAGAGAGAAACAACCUUCAGGACCCUCGCUUCCAGCAUCUCGCCACGGCAACAAGCAUCACCACAGCAACGCGCACUACCCUGUCCCCGGGGCCCAGCCCUUCCCCCUCCCCCACACUGGCUCCUAGCCCUCCCUCUUCACCAUUAUAUUGCCCUUCUCCUGAUCAUGGCCCUACCCCGUCCCCUGUGCCCAGUCCUCCCCCGUCUCCCUCCAAAUGCCCUUCCCCUCACCUUAACCCACCCUCCUACCCCGCCAGGUGGGAGUCCCUGGAGUCUAAUGAGCUCAGCUUGUUUAACAAGAACCAACGUGGCGCUAACGAGGAGCGGUUAGCCCCGACAGCCUCCAGGGAGUCUGCAGGAGUCUUCAGGGACAGAGAAGAGAAGACUGCAGACCCGUCCUUUUCCUUUUCCAACCAUCCAUCUAUCACUCUAACUCCGAAGAGCAGGAAAAGCUUUUUAUCACCUCUCUCUGAGGGUGACAAAGAGGCAGAGGGGGUCAUGGAGGUAGUGAUGGAAGGGGAGGCAGAACUUUUAAAAGAGAAACGGGAAACUCAGGUGCCGGUUGAGCGCGAGAAACAGAACGAGGAAGUAGAGGACGAUGUGGAAAUGAUGGCGGUGGAAGCCUGUGAUGAGGAGGAAAAGGGAGACGCUAAGGUGGCAGGCGCCUCUUGUUUUUCUCUGCGCGUCUCCUCACCUCCUCCUCCUCCCCUCAGAGGUAUCGACAACAUCGUGGACAAAAACCUAGGCAACUUCUCCUCUGACAUCCAGCUCCUCCUGCAGGGCGAGAACAUUCAUUACAGCUCCCCACAGUCUCCACACUCCACCUCGAACACAGAAACCUUAGCCCUCCCACACGCCCACAUAUCUCAGUUCUCACAGUACGUGACCUUCUACAACCCCCGGCCGUCUGUCCAAGACUACAUCAGCUCUCUGCAGGACAGCAUGAGCAGCAUGCUAACAGACUGUGAGGAGAGCUGGCCGAGCGGCAAGCCACCAGCCACCAGCCAGGCGUCUGCUGAUGUCUCUCUGGAGAGCUCUGUUAGUGCUUUUGUGUCCAGCAUAAGAGCGUCUAAUGUUAACACAGACCGAGAGGAUGGUGAGCUGGCGGAUGCUGACUCUGGAGGUGAAGUUUGGCAGCCGCUUACAAUCACCAAACAGUUUACUGACGCAACAGACAACAGGAAGUCCCCGACUUUUCACGUCACUUUAUCUGAUUCUACCUCUGCGUCUGGUUCCGGCUGUAAGCCUGCCAGCACCGCUGUCCUGCAGACUCCUCCACAGCACAGUCCCACAUUAGAGAUUACUAGAACAGUUGCAAAUGACAUCAGAGAAACACAGAACAACAGCGCCACCAGGGCUGUACAUUGUAACUCUGGUGCUGAAGUUACAAACUGUGAGUUGACACUACCAGCAAAACCUUCACACCCCUCUGAGCCGGUCUCCAGUCCAGCCUCUGAGGCUGUCUCUGGACCCGACUCAGGCCCGGCUCCCCCGGCCACAGCCCUGAGCUCCCUGAUCAGCCAGCUGCAGCCAGAGGUGUUCAACAGCCUGGUGGAGAUCAUCAAAGACGUCAAGAGGAACUCCCUGCAGUUCUACCUCCACACCAGCGAAACAGGGGACCCGGUGUAUGAAGGCAUCAAGGAACUUCUGUUAAAGCAGGGCAACGUGCAGCAGCAGAGUCCUGAGGCCUUUUUGAGCCAAGACAACUCCGACAACAGACUGCUGGUCAUCAUUAAAAACGAGGAAAUAUCUAGAAACGUGCACAAGAUCCCAUGUCUGGUGUCUCUGAAACGGCGCCCCUCUGUGGUCUUUAUGGGAAUCGACACACCGGACGACGUCAUGAACAACAGCUUCAACGAGCUUUUUGUUUCAGGAGGCUGCAUCGUGUCCCACGAGAUGGUCCUCAAUCCAGACCACAUCACUCCCAGUCGUCUGGAUGCUCUGCUGAGGUUCUUGGAACAGCACAAUUCUCCAGAGAAUCUGUGGAGGUGGAAGAUUCACUUCAAAACCCACAAGAAACUGAAAGAACAGGCAAGGUUCAGGCGAGAUGCGGCCAACCUCCUGGACCUGCUGUCCACCUAUCAGAAGCGGCAGAUCGUUGAGUUCCUCCCGUAUCAUCACUGCGACAUGAACACCCAACAGUCCCCCGACCUGCCGUGUCUGUUGGAGCUGCAGGCCCGAUACACACUGAACCGACACACGGUCUUCCUCACUGAGCGUCAUUUUGAGGAGUUGCAUGCCUACUCCGAUGUCGGUAUCGUAGUGGCCAGUAUCGAUGAAAUUCUGCACGACUUCCCCACACUGGUUGGUUACCAGGACACGAAGGACAAGCAGCCAAUUACAGACGCGAUUCUGGAUCCCAAAGAAAUCAUCCAUCCUGCCUCCUCCAUUGACCAGCCCCAUCAUCUCCUCCAUCCGUCCAGCUCUGGCCUCCCUCCUCUCUCCCACCUCUCUGACCAGCUUGUUCCAGACGCCUCCUGUAAAGAGGGGUCUUCCCCUGACUUUGAGGUUCUCCAUCAGGCCAUCUCUCAGUUACGGGCGGAGCGACAGGCACAGCAGCUUCAUCAGAUGCAGCAGCAGCGUUUAGACUCCAAGACACUCCAAAGACUUCAUCCAAACCCUCCUCUGACGGGAAGCCCUCUCACCGUCUCUCUUUCAGGUCCCACUGAGUCAGUCCAGAUCACUCCUGGGAAGACGGCAGUGGCAGCCACUCUGGACUUAAUUCACUCAGCACUGCAGCCGGAGGAGGAGGAGGAGAGGAGGCAGGGAGCAGCAGGAACUCUCACAGGUGGACGGAGGACAGGAGGAGGAGGAGCGAGAGUGAUGGGAACAUUGGGAGGAAACCUGGGUCCUAGUGAAACACCCAACCUUUCUUCCAAUCAAAACACAGCUGCAGUGCAAGGAGUGACCAAUCAGAGAGACUCGACUAAUGGCGGGAGAGAGACAGGAGAUCAGCGAGGAGAACAAGAUGCUGCUUCCUCAAGUACCGCAGACAAUCCUGUAGGGGGCAACAGAUCAAGAAAAACUCUGUCAGACCCGGAGCCUCCGAUAAGACGAGAGGGAGCAGCAGCUGAAAUCUGCACUUUGGGAUCUGAGGUGACAGAAAGCAUCAACGCUGCUACUGAGCCAAACAUCCCAGACCCUGCUGUACCCGGUGUACCCCAGCUCCAGCAGAGUCCGUCACUCCUGCAAGGACCGGCUCUCAGCCUGGAGCCGGGCGUCGGGCUCCCUCAGCACCUGCCUAGACUCCCUAGUCAGACACCGUCCCGCGGCCCCAUGAUGGCCCCUUUAAGGUCCCUGGGAGGGAUACCACGCAUCCUAGGGCCCGCACAGGUCUGGACUGGAGGUAUGGUCUGGGGCUUCCAACAGGGCAGUCCUGCUCCCGGACUGCUGGGGGGGUACCACGAUCCUGCACGUCAGGGGGGCAAUUGGUACCGUGGAGGGCACAGAGGAGGGGGCUUUAACAGAAUGUAGAGACGGUUUUAGUUUCAUCACCUGCUGCGGCUCAUGGUGCAGAUUCAGGAGGACCAAAAACCAGACUUGAUGGUUCUAGUCCAUGGAAGAGAUUAAAACACACACAUCCAAACGUGGGAUAAACAGAACGACUACAAGUGACGACAAGCUGCAAUCAGCUCUGUAAAAUUCCUGAUUUAUCAUCACAAGAUCAAAGUGUGUGAUCUGAUCGUUAACCCUUUAAAUCUCAUUUCAAAUUCAACAGAAAUCCAGAAUUAAAGAGAUUAUCUGAACCAUCACUGAGGCGACGUUAGUCGAGUUCAAUAAGUGACCGUCUUAAAGUCUUUUUUAAAAGGACGUCUAAGAAGCAAAAUAGUCUGACGCUAUAAUGACUUUUUUUGCCUUUAAUUAAACACUAUCUGUAUUUGGACGUAUUCACAGGAUCAGUGUUGGAGCAGUUAAGACAUACUGACGAGCAGAAAAAAAGAGUUUGAAGCUGUAAAUGAUGUGCAGGUCAAUCGCACCACUCUCAGAGUAUAAACAUCAUCACCUGCUCGCUCAUGGUGUUACCUACUGCAUUCUGACAUCGGCCCACCCUGAUGUCAUGAAGAAAAGUUACAAGGUUGCCGGCUGUAAAAAGUACGACUAAAGUUUGAGUUGACACAUCCAGUUCGUCCUUGAAAUGUCCGGAGAUGUUCAGGUUUGCGUUAAUAGAUUUCCCUUUCCUCAAGUUUAACACAUUUUUAGUUCUCUGCCCCAGACUGACACAUCCCUUUGUCUCAGCUUUUAAUGCCGCUAAGAACAUAAUUUACCACAAUUUUUUAAAGUUAAAUGAACCUCCUUGUUUGGGUAAAAAUAUCCUUGAGGUCUAAGAGAUGUCGAUCCAGGACUGAGAUGUUUCUGACCCUUCUUGUUGAUUUAACAAGAUGAAGCACCCUGAUCUGCUUGAAACUGUUUACCAUCUACUGUAACCACUACCUGUUGACCUGUGAGUUUAAAAUCAGAAAACACUGUCAAAGGAAAAGGCCAUAUCUCCUCCUCCACAGUGUGGGAAUGUUUCAUUUAUUUUUUUAUGUUUUAUAUAGACUUGAUCUCGACCUGACCUGACCUCAGGUUUCAGGUGUGAUCAGUUAGAGUCUUCAGUUUGAGUUAUCUUAAAGAGCGUUAACUAAAAAGCCCCUUGAAUGCACCUCCACAGACUUUGUUUUCCACACGCUGGGAGCUAAAAGAAAGAGUCCAAGACUUAUUUGGCCGCUCCGACAGAUUUGUCUCUGAAAGAAGAACUUCAGAGGAUGUUUCCCUCUCUGAGGAAACACGAGCUGCUGAUUGGAGCGACGAAGUUCAGAGACUUAAAAGAACUCUACAAACUGUAAAUAUGGACGGACUGCCUUACCCGUCUUCCAGCGGACUCUUUGUGUCUUGUAAAAAAUACUGUUUGUACUGAACGUUUGCUUUGUUACCCUGGGAGCUCUUUGUGUUCAGUUUGUAUGUUCAGUAGGAAGUUACUCUGUAACAGACUGUUUUUAACUUAAGUCCUUUUUAUGUUUUUUUUUACAUCAGAGGUUUUUGUAUUAAAAAUGUAUAAACCAGAAA